GAAUUCUCUCCCGCCGUGUCCCCUCGACCCGCCCAACUCAUGCCUCCCUCCCUUCCCCUCUGGGGUCCUGCCCACCUCCCUGCAGGGAGCUGGGCUGUUCUAAGGACUCCGGGUGGGGCGAGAGGCCGGGAAAGCAGAGGAGAGAGAAAUUAGGAGGCGGGAGAAAUCCAGGGCAAGAAGGAAGAGGGGAGUCAGAGGAUGGUAGAGAGAACUUUUUGGAAGCUGCCACGCCGCGUCUCAGGCUGGCCAGGCUGAGCUGGGGAAGAGGGAGCAAAGGCGGCGCAGGGCCGGCGCUUAGGCAGCGGGAAGCAGCUCGGAGCUGGCCUGACCUCCCCAGAGCGCCCCGCUGCGGCCGAGCAGAUCCGGCCCGGCCGUCCGGCAGCCAGUCCCGGACCAGACACUGGGCCGUCCCCGGGAGGCGCUGAACUCCCUCGCAGCAUCCGAGCCGGCGGGCCGGUGGUGCGCCCUGGGCGCGCGAGGUGGUGAGGCCCCAGGAGCCCGGCGCGCCGGGACGCGCAGGCCGGCUUGGCGAUGCACACCCUCACUGGCUUCUCCCUGGUCAGCCUGCUCAGCUUCGGCUACCUGUCCUGGGACUGGGCCAAGCCGAGCCUCGUGGCCGACGGGCCCGGGGAGGCUGGCGAGCAGCCCUCGGCCGCUCCGCCCCAGCCUCCCCACAUCAUCUUCAUCCUCACAGACGACCAAGGCUACCACGACGUGGGCUACCAUGGUUCAGAUAUCGAGACCCCUACGCUGGACAGGCUGGCGGCCAAGGGGGUCAAGUUGGAGAAUUAUUACAUCCAGCCCAUCUGCACGCCUUCGCGGAGCCAGCUCCUCACUGGCAGGUACCAGAUCCACACAGGACUCCAGCAUUCCAUCAUCCGCCCACAGCAGCCCAACUGCCUGCCCCUGGACCAGGUGACACUGCCCCAGAAGCUGCAGGAGGCAGGUUAUUCCACCCAUAUGGUGGGCAAGUGGCACCUGGGCUUCUAUCGGAAGGAGUGUCUGCCCACCCGUCGGGGCUUCGACACCUUCCUGGGCUCGCUCACGGGCAAUGUGGACUAUUACACCUAUGACAACUGUGAUGGCCCAGGCGUGUGCGGCUUCGACCUGCACGAGGGUGAGAAUGUGGCCUGGGGGCUCAGCGGCCAGUACUCCACUAUGCUUUACGCCCAGCGCGCCAGCCAUAUCCUGGCCAGCCACAGCCCUCAGCGGCCCCUCUUCCUCUAUGUGGCCUUCCAGGCAGUACACACACCCCUGCAGUCCCCUCGUGAGUACCUGUACCGCUACCGCACCAUGGGCAACGUGGCCCGGAGGAAGUACGCGGCCAUGGUGACCUGCAUGGAUGAGGCUGUGCGCAACAUCACCUGGGCCCUCAAGCGCUAUGGUUUCUACAACAACAGUGUUAUCAUCUUCUCCAGUGACAAUGGUGGCCAGACUUUCUCGGGGGGCAGCAACUGGCCGCUCCGAGGACGCAAGGGCACUUAUUGGGAAGGUGGCGUGCGGGGCCUAGGCUUUGUCCAUAGUCCCCUGCUCAAGCGAAAGCAACGGACAAGCCGGGCACUGAUGCACAUCACUGACUGGUACCCGACCCUGGUGGGUCUGGCAGGUGGCACCACCUCAGCAGCCGAUGGGCUAGAUGGCUACAACGUGUGGCCGGCCAUCAGCGAGGGCCGGGCCUCACCACGCACGGAGAUCCUGCACAACAUUGACCCACUCUACAACCAUGCCCAGCAUGGCUCCCUGGAGGGCGGCUUUGGCAUCUGGAACACCGCUGUGCAGGCUGCCAUCCGCGUGGGUGAGUGGAAGCUGCUGACAGGAGACCCCGGCUAUGGCGAUUGGAUCCCACCGCAGACACUGGCCACCUUCCCGGGUAGCUGGUGGAACCUGGAACGAAUGGCCAGUGUCCGCCAGGCCGUGUGGCUCUUCAACAUCAGUGCUGACCCUUAUGAACGGGAGGACCUGGCUGGCCAGCGGCCUGAUGUGGUCCGCACCCUGCUGGCUCGCCUGGCCGAAUAUAACCGCACAGCCAUCCCGGUACGCUACCCAGCUGAGAACCCUCGGGCUCAUCCUGACUUUAAUGGGGGUGCUUGGGGGCCCUGGGCCAGUGAUGAGGAAGAGGAGGAAGAGGAAGGGAGGGCUCGAAGCUUCUCCCGGGGUCGUCGCAAGAAAAAAUGCAAGAUUUGCAAGCUUCGAUCCUUUUUCCGUAAACUCAACACCAGGCUAAUGUCCCAACGGAUCUGAUGGUGGGGAGGGAGAAAACUGUCCUUUAGAGGAUCUUCCCCACUCCAGCUUGGCCCUGCUGUUUCUCAGGGAGAAGCCUGUCACGUCUCCAUCUACAGGGAGUUGGAGGGUGUAGAGUCCCUUGGUUGAACAGGUUGGGGAACCUGGUUAGGAGUGGGUGGGAAUAAACCAGACUGGGAUGCCUGUGUCUCAGUCCUGCCUCCUCA